UAAAUAAACAAAAAGCUUAAAUUUGUGAAAAAUUAAAUUAAUUUCUAUUUAAAAUAAACAUUAUCUCGUAUUAGUGUAUUUUUAAUUAAAAAAUGGAUCGAGGAAAACGUUACAAUGCCGGCAACCGAAUGUCGAAAUUGUUGGAUGAAGAAGAUGAUUGUCCUGAUGAGUUUUACAAGGAAAACUAUGGGGGUUUUGAAAAUACUGAAUCGGACAACGAAUAUCAAGCUGAAGAAGAAGGAGAGGACGUUGUAGAUUCAGAUUUCAGUAUUGACGAAGAUGACGAACCAAUAUCCGAUAUUGAGGAUGCAGACAAUCCCAGGAAAAAACGUAGACUCGUUACGAAGGCAUAUAAGGAACCAGUAGCAAGUACUUCAGGAAUAUCAAAACCAAAGCCAAAACCUGCAAUUCCAAAAGAGAAAACUGACCCAAAUGAUACAUCUAUUGAUUCAUCUGAAAGAAAAUCUAAAAGAAAAUCUACAGCAGCAAAAACAGCAGAAACAGUACACAGAAUGAAAGUGAGAGAUCAAGAAUCGAAACAGCGUCCUAAAAAAGCUAAAGAAGAAGAAUUAAUUCCCACUCAGGAAGAACUUUUAGAGGAAGCUAAAAUCACUGCUCAAGAAAAUUUGAAAUCUCUAGAAAGAUAUCAGAAACUAGAAGAUGAAAAAAAAACUAGGAAAAUUGGAAAGAAACAAUUUACAGGCCCUACAAUAAGAUACACUUCAACUAGAGUGCCUCUAAUUGAAGAAACUAAUGAUGAAACAACAAAAGUUUGUGAAAGAACUGUUAUAUCAAUCCAAAACGACCCACACAAUAUUACUUUCAACAAAAUAUUCGGAGUGAAACCUGCUUCUAAAGCCCCUAGACUACUCUAUUGCGGCAUCACAGGGUUGCCUGCCCGCUACGUUGAUCCCUUGACUUCGGUGCCUUUCAGGAAUAGCAGCUGUUUCAAAGCGUGCAGAUUGACUUAUUACAAACAGCUGUUGGCAAAAGGCAAUACCAAUCAUCCCUCGAUUAACAAAUUUCAUAGAUGGUUUAGUAAUCAACAUACUGGGCUUAAGAAGGAGUUGAUCAUGCAAGCUCAGAAAUUGAAGAUGGGGACUUAGAAUUUUAAUUUUAAUUUUAAUUUUGUGACUUAAUUAUUAUUUGUUUCCAAACUGUUGUUUUAUUUUUAUCCCUAUUUCGGGAAAUUGGUAUAUGUACAGGGUGGCCCCAAUUCGAGCCUCAUCAUUGGGAUCUCGGAAACCGUAAGAGAUAUGGGGUCGGUUAAAUUAUGGCAAAAUUGCGCAAUUUUAUGACCAUUAGAAUGCCGUUUUGAAACUACAAAGUUUCCGGAGAUAUUCGGAAAAAACCGAAAUUUAGUAAAAUCGUUUUUAUUUUUUCCUGGUCUUAUUUGAAUAGAUAUUUUAAAAUAAAUGUCACUUCAUCGUUGUCACUUUUUCCCCUUUAGAAGAUGGUGCUACUAAAUUUAAAAUUCGACGUUUCGUCUUCAGGCGGCCAUCCUCAAAUUCCUUUUUUUAAAUACGGACCUGGAUUUUUUAUUUGCGAUUUUCUCAUCUUUGGGCAUCCUAAAACCGAUACUGUUUACAAUUUUCCAAUAACACACAGUAAAAAAAGCAGGUCUGUAUUUAAAAAAAAUAAAUUGAUGAUGAUGUCAGAGGAAUGAAACGUUGGAUUUAAAAUUUAAUACAUACCACCAUCUUGUAGAGAAGAAAAAGUGACAAUGGGAAUGUAAAAUUAGUUUUUCACAAUCUUUUUAAAUAAAAUCAGGAAAAAAUUAAAACUAUACCAAAAGAAUCAUGAAUUUCUCGUUUUUCUUAAAUUUUUUCCUAAUUCCAUUUAAAAAGAUUUCGAAAAACUAAUUUGUUCUCCGAAUGACAGUAAAAGCGGGCUUUUAAUGACACUUGACGGGAUCAAAAGUUGUAUUUUUACUGCCUAGGCAGUAAAACUGGACUUUUACUGUCUAGGCAUUAUAAGUGACAGUGUCAC